AUGUUGACGGUGUUUUUUGAUCAUGAAGGUGUCGUCCACCACGAGUACGCUCUUCCAGGCCAAACAAUAACGAAGGAGUACUACAUCGAAGUUCUUCGCCGGCUGAGGGAUGUGCCACCCACAAUCCUCCAACAGCAGCUACCUCCAACCACCCACAACCCUCAACAACAGCCACCCACAAUCACUCAACAACAGCUCACUCCAACCAUCCACAAUCCUCCAACAGCAGCUACCUCCAGCCACCCACAACCCUCAACAACAGCCACCCACAAUCCUCCAAUAACACUACACUCAACCACCCAACCCUCCAACAACAGCUACACUCCAACCACCCUCAUUCCUCCAACAGCAGCUACACUCCAGCCUAAUCCUCCACACAGCAGCUACACUCCAACCAUCCACAACCCUCCAACAGCAGCUACACUCCAACCAUCCACAACCCUCCAACAGCAGCUACACUCCAACCACCCACAACCCUCCAACAGCAGCUACACUCCAACCACCCACAAUCCUCCAACAGCAGCUACACUCCAACCACCCACAACCCUCCAACAGCAGCUACACUCCAACCACCCACAACCCUCCAACAGCAGCUACACUCCAACCAUCCACAAUCCUCCAACCGCAGCUACACUCCAACCACCCACAACCCUCCAACAGCAGCUACACUCCAACCACCCAACUCUCCAACAACAGCUACACUCCAACCACCCACAACCCUCCAACAGCAGCUACACUCCAACCACCCACAAUCCUCCAACAGCAGCUACACUCCAACCACCCACAAUCCUCCAACAACAGCUACAGUCCAACCACCCACAACCCUCCAACAGCAGCUACACUCCAACCUUCACCAGACAAGAUGUCCCUGCAUUACCCACGUCAUCAGAUAUUGAUGAAACUGAAGAGGUGCAAAAGAGAUUGGGUCAGUGUCCCCUCUUACUUAUAACAACCACCUCUCUCUCAUCAUCCUCAUCCACCAUCAUCCUCAAUGAAGUUAAAUACAGGUAG